AUGAAGCUUGUUUUUAUCGUUGCUAUGUUCGCCUUUGUGGCUGUACAGCUGAGUCACUCAGCGCCCACUCCUGAUGAAGAGAAAAAGGAAGUGGGCGUCGCGGCUGUUGCCGCAGACACACCGGCGGCGCAGCCCCCUGCAGAGGUGAAAUCUGCACCGCCAUCAGAGGCAGCACCCAGUCGCAGCGAACCCGCGACCCAGGCUGAAGAAAAGAAAGCG